AUGAAAGAUUAACAAUAAUACUUGGGGACUCUAGCUAAAAAUGUCUAGUCGCAAAAACUUGCUAUGGCUAGAACUUCAUCUCUCGACAGAAUCUUGCAGGCUUUGUAAAAACCGAAGCAGGAUGGAAGCCCGUACAAUUCUAAAAACAGUAACCAAUUAUAUAAUGAGAUUGCAUUCGCAGAUAAUCAAUUGCAAAAGAAUUAGCUAUUGCAGUAAAAUUAAGCAAUGCAAGGAUAAGCUUUCUAGAAUGCUAAUCAAAAGGAGUAAAACAACUCAUUAGGUUAGAACUAUAAUAAUACACUGCAGGAUAAGACAAACAGUUAAAAUUCUAUCACAUAUUAAAUCACAAAGAGCAACUAGAAGCAUAAGACUCUAGACUAUUAAUAGCUGCAGCAGUAGUAACUUUUUAUGAUGUAAAGUAACAGUAGGACACAGUUUAGCAAUUAGCAAUAGAUCAAUAACGGCGAUGGUUAAACAUUAUUUCAAAGCAUGAAGAACUCUAUAAAGAUCGUGCGUCCCAAGAUGAAGGAAGGCAUAGUAUCGAAUGGAAUGGUAAAACAGUACUAGUCGCAGAAGCAACUUAACCCAUAUGUGCAACCAAUCACCACUGCUUAGCAAGAGCUUGUAUACAUGAAAACACAAUAAGGAUUUUAGGUGUCUAAAUUAAAGAAUAAAAGUAAUCCUUAUUUGCGAAAGUAGAAUGCAAGAGCCUUUUCUUAGUAAAAGCGGAAAAUUCAGGAUCUUUUGAAUCAUGUGUACAAGUCCAAAUAGUAAUAGAAAUCGGGGCCUCAGAGUAGAAGCAUAACACCUGAAAACCAGAGACCGUAGGGAAGAGAAAAAGCAUAAAAUAAGGAUUAGAAGAAAAGCAACAAAGAUCUGCAAAUAGUUUCAGAAAACUAAGAGGAGAACUCUUAGUGCGAACUUUUGGAUAUUGAAUAAAUUCGAGAUCUCAGGAGGUAACAGUCUCAUUAGGACUAAAGAGGGGCAUUCCACAAGACUUAGUCAAUAUCAACAACAGGGUAAUCGAUUUAGAUUGGCAAUAACCACUAAGAGUCUCAAAGUGACAAUGUACUUAAGAUUUUUUCAAAGCCAAAUAUAUAAGGAAAGUUUUUUGAAACUUUUAGCAGAGAGGGCUUCUUAAGUAAUGAAGAAGGAUUGAGAAUUUAAUAAGUUUAGAUAGGCAAUACAAUGCAGAAAAGAUAAAUAAACAUUGCACACACCAACAUUGCCAAUCAAUUAAAACAUCUGUCAGAGGAAUAGAGACAGAGUGCUUUGAAAUUUUUAACUCUCUAAAAUACAUUCCAAACUGUCAAGCCUUAGUCUUAAAGUUCAAAUAACAGACCCAUUAGAUCAAUUGCCUAAUUCUAACCUUUGUCAACCCAAAAUAAAACGAAAAAUUAAGAGCCAUUGAUAUCAGAAAAAUAAGAUCACUAGAUGUUUGGAACAAGAAUGUCUAUUAAACCAUAAGAUAGUAAAAAUCCCUAGCAGUCUAGAAACUCCUUAACCAUUCACUCUUUGAACCCUCAAAGAACCAAUUCUGGUUACAAUAUCAAUGGAAUUUAUAUUUAGAAAAAUCCUAACACUAAUAACUAAGAUGAGCUAAUAAGUUUAAAUGAGUCUAGUAUAUGUUAAAACCUAGACGAGCCUACUCUGAUAAAGGACGAUGAGUCUAUAAUAGAUUUCAAUAAUUUGCAGAAAUAGAUGACUAAGGGUCUUUAGCUAAUAGAGUAAGGGAUAAAGUUAAAUUAGGGCUUGCCUAAUACGAGACUCAAAGAAGAAAUGGAGUUAAGAAUGAUUAAAAAAAUGUAUCAGCAAAAUAUAGGUUUCAAGAUUGAUUCAAAGACAUCAAGAACCACUUCAAAAACAUUGAAAAUUUUAUCAGGUGUGGCCCUUAUCUCAGCCUUGGCUUUGUUUGGAGUAUAUUAAUUUCAGGAAACUUUGAUCGAUUCUCAUUACACUAUAAAUACAUUUGAUCAAGACAUGUAUUCUCCGAUAAUGAAAGAGUAUAUGAACUUUUUGGCUCAAUACCAGAAGACUUAUGCAUCUAUUCACGAUAUCAAGGAUCGAUACAUGAAAUUCAAAAGAAAUUUUGAGGCGAUAAUGAAGCACAAUGCAGAUGAGGAGCAAACAUUUGAGAUGGGAAUAAAUGAAUACAGCGAUCUCACUGAAGAAGAAUUUUAAAAGUAAAUGAUCUCAGGAGUUCUGAUAAGACCCGAGCAUGCUGCUAGAGUGAAAUCACUGCCUGAUCCUGAUGAAGAGAAAAUUCUGCUAAGAGGAGAGGCUAAGAAUAUUAAUGUUCCAGAUGAAGUGAAUUGGUAUAAAGAGGGCAAAGUUACUAGACCUUACAAUUAAGCAUCAUGCGGUGCAUGCUGGGCUUUUUCUGCAAUAUCAGCCUUAGAGUCAUUAGCUCUGAUUUCAGGCACUGUGUCAAGUCUCAAAGAAUUAUCAGUUCAGCAACUAGUCGAUUGUGACGAAGUGAAUUUCGCUUGUGGUGGAGGUUGGAUGUACGAUGCUUUUGCCUAUGUCUUACAUAAUGGUGUUGCUUUGAACGAUGGCUAUCCUAGAAAAUACUCUGCUAGAAGAAUGGGCUGCAAUUACAGACCAGCAUAGUAAGAGUACUUUAGAAACACAGGAAUGAUAGAAGAGGACGGGAACACUAAUCAAAGAAUGAAAGAGUUAGUUAGUAAACAGCCUAUAUCUAUUGCUAUGUUCACUCCAGGCAUGCUUCAAAGCUAUAAGAAGGGAGUUGUGACUGAAGACUAUUUAAAGUGCUCUUCUCUUAGAAAUGAAGUUAAUCAUGGAAUCCUCCUAGUUGGUUAUGGCAAAGUAAAGCCAGGUGAAAAGAAGGUUAGAGGAAAGUGCCAAGAGUAUUGGAUUAUUAGAAACUCGUGGGGAGGAAAUUGGGGUGAAGAAGGCUUCUUCAGAAUUUGCAUGGAUAAAGCUGGUGCUAAGGAUAGGAAAUACGGAGCCUGCCUGGUAAACAAAUUCGCCACUUGGCCCAAUAUGGACGGUGAGAUCAUUGCUCCCACUGAUUGA